AUGCCUCCUCGCAAGAAAGCUGCCGCCGCCGACGCCAGUGGGUCUUCCGCUGAUCCUCCCAAGGCUACCAGGUCUAGCACUCGAACCAAAAAGACAGCUCAACCACCGGCGGCCGCUGCCCCUGCAGCGAAACCCAAGGCCAAGCGCGGAAGAGCAGCUGCGGCUGACGAUGCAGAAGACGACGAACCCAAGCCCAGUCGAAAGAAGAGCAAGAAAAACACGGACGACGCGGAGGAUGACGCGCCAAAAGUGAAAGAUGCCCCCGACGCGGAUGAAGAUGAAGAAGCGCAAGACGACGCGCCGGCAGACGUGCCACAGAAGAUGGUCACUGUGAUUAAGCGAGGGGCCGCUCCAGUGGACCCCAUGUCCGGCAAAGUUGAUACCCAUCAGGUCCUGGCCAAUGAUGAAGGUGUUUGGGAUGCUAUGCUGAACCAGACCGAUGUCAGUGGAGGAAGCAAUAAGAACAAGUUCUAUGUCAUUCAGCUGUUGCAUCCUAUCAGCAACAACAAUACAUGUGUGCUGUUCACUCGCUGGGGGCGUGUUGGUGAGAAUGGUCAAACGCAGGUCAAGGGACCUUGGGACGCUGCUAGCGCUGUCCGUCAGUUCAAGAGUCAGUUCAGAGCGAAAGCGGGGGUGGCAUGGGAAGACAGAGUUGGUAUGGUCGCAAAGAAAGGGAAAUAUAUGUGGUUAGAGCGCGACUUCGACGACAAAGAGGACGAAGAGGAUGCUCAAGCAGGCCCCAGCAAGAAAAAGGAUGAACCCAUCCCCGACUCAAAGCUGGCCCCCGAGAUUCAGGAUCUCUGUAAUUUGAUGUUUUCAACGUCGUUGAUAGAUGCCCAUCUUUCGUCUAUGAACUAUGACGCUAAGAAGCUCCCUUUGGGCAAAUUGGCCAAAACCACUAUUUUAAAGGGCUUCGAGGCAUUGAAGAAUCUCUCUGAGGUUAUCGACAAACCGAACAGCGAACUCGCGAACCAAUAUGGUUCAGUUCAAGCAGCCUGCGAGCAUCUUACUAGUGCUUACUACUCGAUCAUUCCCCAUGACUUUGGGCGAACGAGGCCGACAGUCAUCUCUACUGCAGUCGCCUUGAAGAAGGAACUUGACCUUGUCGACGCGCUUGGUGCUUCACAGGAAAUUGCUUCGAAACUCAUCCAAAGUACCACUUUGGUUGAUGACGAUGGCAAACCCCUCAACCCCAUCGACUCGCAUUUCCGUUCUCUUGCCCUUUCGAAAAUGGAACAUGUCGACAGAAGCACCUCAGAAUUCCUCUGCUUGCAGAAGUAUGUCCACGACACCCAUGGACACACUCACCAAAACUUGAAAGUCAAUGUGCAGAAUAUUUACCGAGUGGAGCGCGAUUCCGAAGCAGAAGCCUGGAAUAAUGCUGGGUUUAAUUCGCUUGGAGAUGGCGAGCGGUUCCUUUUGUGGCAUGGCUCUCGAACGACGAACUUUGCUGGUAUCCUAAAGCAAGGCCUCCGAAUUGCUCCUCCAGAAGCACCUGUCACUGGUUACAUGUUUGGAAAGGGUGUCUAUUUCGCUGACAUGAUGUCCAAGUCUGCCAAUUACUGCUAUUCUUACCUGAGCAAUAACGUUGGUCUGCUGCUCCUGUGCGAGGUUGCAGUGAAGCCGUUCUACGAGCGAACCGAUGCGCAAUAUGACGCCGAUAUUCACUGCAAAUCUGCCAAUGCUCGCGCCACCAAAGGUAUCGGCAAAACUCAGCCACUUCAGUGGAAGGAUGCCGGCGAAGCCCUCGAUAACGAAGAGUUGAAGGGUUGCCAUAUGCCAGAUAGCCCGGGCCAAAGUGUGGAUAUUCCAGGUGUAUACUUGCAGUACAAUGAAUACAUUGUAUAUGACCCCUCGCAAAUUCGGUUGAGGUACUUGUUGAUGGUACAGAUGUAG